GAGCAAAGUGUCCUAGAUUAGGCCCCAGGCUCCAAAAAGCCAGCCCCUGCACCAAGGACAGGUCCCAGCUUCACUACCUGAGGGCCUCCCAAACAGUUUAAACUAAUCAACUGUCCCACUUAUCCAGAGGGCCUGGUCCAGUUCCAUGGGGGCUCCUCAGCCAUUGGUUCACAGUUCAUGCGUUUCCACUAGUUUGGCUAUUUGUACCUGUGCUUCAUUUUCAUGAUUUAGUAUUUUCACUUCAUUAGCUUUGACUCCUGAUGCUAUCAUUAUUAGCAGCUGUGAUAUUUAGCUUUGAUUUCAUAAAAGGAACUUUCAGGUAAAGCAACUGUUUUUUAAGACAGAUUUUCUGAAGUUUGUUUCCCAUCUAUAAAGCAGUCAUUUCUUUUUGAAUGCUUGUUUUUCCUUGUCUCCUUAUUAGAUUUGCAAAGGAAUUACUCAUUGCAGGCUAUUUUUUCAAGAGGUAAAGAACUGUAAUUUCCCAUAAAUUUCUUCAUAUCUAAAACAACGUUCAGUGUAUAAAGUGCUUUCUCAAGGAUUUUAAAGUAGCUUGUUUGCUCUUAUAGGUAGUUUUUGUCUGAUCUGAGUUCAAGAGGUAAGAUUAAGCUUUCUAGCAUUUCUUCUCAAAGCAACUUCAUUCUGAGCUGAAAAAAACAGUUGGUAUGGACAUCUUUACCUGAAAAACAUUUCCCAGAAUGCAUUUCUCUUCAUCAGCUCACUGUUACAAGGUAGCUUAUGGACUUCAUUUCCCACAGUUCUCUUCAGGUCUGAGAGCCAACUUCUAGUUCUCUUUUACCGGUCUUACUUUCCUAUUGAAAAGUCAAGUUUCUGCUUUCAGCACGGGAGAUUUGAACCAAGCGUUUUAUGUUUUCAGCUACGGGACAUUGGGAGAUUUCUCUUCACUUCUCUGCUGUGGGAUGGUCUGUAUGUCAAAUGUGUUGCUGAUUGGUCAAUAAAUAAAUCACUGAUUGGUCAGUGGCCAGGCAGGAAGUAUAGGCGGGACAAGGAGGAGAAAAAGCUGGGAAGUGGAAGGCUGAGUCAGAGAGACACUACCAGCCGCCAUGAUGAGAAACAGCAUGUGAAGAUGCCGGUAAGCCACGAGCCAUGUGGCAAGGUAUAGAUUAAUGGAAAUGGAUUAAUUUAAGCUGUAAGAACAGUUAGCAAGAAGCCUGCCAUGGCCAUACAGUUUGUAAGCAAUAUAAGUCUCUGUGUUUACUUGGUCGGGUCUGAGCAGCUGUGGGACUGGCGGGUGGCAGAGAUUUGUCCUGACUGUGGGCCAGGCAGGAAAACUCUAGCUACACUCCUCAGCUGGCUUUAAUAGAUGUCUCUCUCCUUCAUCAGACACUGGCCCCAAAUCAGAACCACACCUGUCUCAUCAGCAUGCAUUUGAGGUGGGCAUUUCUGAUAGCAACUUUCCUGGGUGCUUGUGUUUUUCCUUAGCCAGUCAGUGAAAAACAAAAGCAUUUACAACAGAGCUUUUCCACAGCUCCUUCAGAGAGAUUUUUCUCCACUGUGAUCUUUAUCUCAUUUUGCUUGUUCCUUCCCCCCUAGAUGCAGAGCUUCAGAUUUCUCAGGCUGCAACUCUGGCUCUGCUCCUCUGCUAGCUGCCUUUGGAGGUAGGGGCUUUUCCCCCACAAAUCUGCCUCAAACUCCAGCAGCUUCCUGGGGAGGAAUCUGUCCCUUCUCCAUUUCUUCUUCAGAGAGUCUUUUUCCCAGACAGUUCCCAGUUUGGUCUCAAUUUAUCCCCUCUGCCCCAGAAACAUUUCCCAGUGCCACAGUGACAGCUUUUCUGCUUCUGAAGGUAGGGGCUUUAGUCAGUUUCUGUUUUGGGGGUCUGUGACGUUUGUGUUCAUAAAUCAAGCUUAGCAAGGGAGGUUUUUGCCAUAUCUAAGCUUGCAUUAGGACAGGUGUUUUUCCCUCAGGCCUUUCACCUUACCCAGUCACCCAGUGGGUUUGCUUUUGGCUGGGUGCUCAAGGACAGAGCUUAUGCCAGAGGGAAUCACCCCUUAGGGCUACAUUCCCUCAUCUCACUGGGAGUCAGUUUAAACAAAGCUUUUCUCAAAAAGAUGCUUUCUGAUAGAAAAAAAAAAAAAAAAGCUUUACUCCUGGAUACUUCUCUGUGCUGCCCUGGCUGGGCUCUUUCCCCAGACAGCGUUCUGACUCAGCAGCACAACUGCUUCAGACACAGUGCAGCUUUACUGUUUUCCCAGAAAGGUCCUUUCUCUGAUAGAAAAGCUUUUUUCAGAUUUCUUUUUGCAGCUGUGGACUCUGCAUAGUCCCACCUAACAACCCGGGACUUGCAGGAAAGCAGACAACUGUGCCAUUCCCAUUGGUUUUAACUUUGUUCAUUAGCAGUUUUCCCCUGGGUCCUGCACCUUCCUGCCUCAUCUGUGCACUCCAGGAAGUUUACAACUGCAGGAACCCUAGUAUCCCCAAAUACAAUGCUAACAGAGUUGGCAUCGCUUCAGGGGAUAUCUGUGUUAGGACGAUUAGGAACACCUUUUCAUAGACCUCACUCAGGAACAAAACCCCUGAUGCCUCAGUUCAGUUGUAAAUGAAAAGCUUGGCUUUUUUGCUUUUCCCAGGUAAACAGUUUCCUGCCAUAUUGGGUUCUUUGUGGUUCUUCACCCACACUCUCCCAAGCGUUUCCCUCAGGGUACUCUAACCCACUGUCUUUUACUAGCUUGAAGAGACAGAGCUUAGAAGAUGUUUUAGGAACUCCAUCCCUGCCUCCUGCUUUGCAAGGAGGAUUUUUCUGGCUUGAAAGAGAACUUAGAAAGGUUUUGCUGUCUUACAAAGUUUGUUGUUUUCCCUUAGAGCUAAUCACAGGUGAUUUCCAUAGUAAUAUCUUCAGGUGAUUUUAAUUUGUCCUGAGAGAGAGUUCUGAAAGGUUUAGUUUUUAAGUUUUUAAAGAGAGCUUUUAUUUAGAGAAAGAUUAGAGCUUUUUAGAGAGAUUUUUCCCCCAAGUGUUUCAAGAAAAGCUUUUUAGUUUAAGAAAAAGAUUUGUUUUUCCAAGAGAGAGACAGACCAACUUUUUCCAAAACUCCCAAACUUUAAACUUUUUGGCUUCCCACACCCACAUCUUUGCCUCAAAGAGAAAUCACUUUUCUCCUGCCGCUUGGACUUAGCAUAUCAGCUGUCCCUAGGCCAAAAGCUUCCAUAGGAAACUUUUUUUCUGCUGGAUAAGCUCAAAGAAGAGCCUUUUCACUACCCAUAAAGCUCAAAGACAGACUUCCCCGCCCCAGUUUGCAUUCAUAGCCCCCAAAGCUAGGAAAUUGAAGAGUUUCUCUGUCUAGUUGCCUUACUUAAUUUUUUCUACAUGAUUUUACACCUCUAAGCUUUUCCCACACUAUAUUGCUACACUCUAAUUCCUUAUUUUUCAGAUAGAACUUGAGAAAGAGACAGAAGAUAGAAAUUUUGAUGAAGAGAUUUCUGUGCUGCAGCAUCAAACAUCCUUCCAGUCCAUUUCCUCCUUUUCUCUUGAGAAUAAAAACUCCUGCCCCUUAUUAAUAUUCAUAUUCCAUUACAACACUAGACAUGUUCCUUUCCACUGACAGGGCCUAACUCACACUUUAGCCAAAAACUCUGUAAUAAAGCUAUUAUUUUCCUUUGUCUUUAGUCCCAUUACUUUGUUUUAGUCCCUGUUCAUUUGUCUUUAGUCACUUUUUUUCUUUUUUCUUUAGUCCCUGUUCAUGGUGGGAUUCUGUGGGGCAUUUACCCACCAACCCCACAGUUCCCCAGAGUUUUCUUGAGUGCGAGCAGCAAGAAAUAUUAGAUAGAAGGGUUUAGAUUGUGGAGAUAAUUGGAUAGAAAAUAAAGGAUAGCCCUGAGAGGGCCUGGAACCUAUUCCAAUGGGCCCUGACUGUCUCUGCCCUAAGGCAUUUAUAGAAACGCCAAGGGGUGAAGCAAAAGAACUCCCCCCAAGCACAGUCAAGUGCAGACCAUUUCAGACACCUGCACUCAGGCCCGUGGUCCUAAUCAUCCUCUAUAUGAGGACCUGCUGGGUAAAGCCACGAGGAACCUGAAAAUGGACUCCCACAAUGAUGAAUGUUUAGUUUUGCAAAACCCAAAGUUUUCAUAAACGGUGUUAGCCUAUUUGAAUCUACAUGACUUGCUCCACUUACUCACAAGCAUUGAGUAUUGUCAGGAACACAGAUGUUAUUCAAUUUAAUAAUAGUAAGAUUUCAUGAUUGCUUUCACUUACAUUUUGAAAAUGACACAUCAUGUAAAAAAUGUUUCCUAAGCCUAUAAGCAAUCCAUAAAUCUUUGUGAAGAGCUUGCUAGAGUCUUUGACCCAGUCUUUAACUGUGCUACUCAAUUUCAUGCUAUUAGUUUCUAAAGGUUGUGUUCUGAAUGAUACUACUUUAUUAGGUAUUUUAUAUUUUCUCCAAGCCUAUGGAUCAGCUUCCAGUUCUCUUCAUUUGGCCUUUUACAGUGCAGAGUUUUUUACAUUGAGUGAAUUGUAUUAGUCAGUUUUCUAUCUCUGUGACAAAUAUUGAGAAAAUCAACUUAAAGGAGGAACACUUGAUGUUGCUUAUACUAUCGGAGAAUUCAGUCCAUGAUCAGCUGGUUCCAUUGCUAUGGUUCUGUGAUGAGGCACAUCACCACAGUGUGAAUGUGGAACAGAGCAAAGAUAAUCAGCUCCUUAUUUAAAAAAAUACACAGACAGGCAGACAAAUAGACCAAAAUAAAUGAAGAAGAAGAAGAACAACAAUAAAAAAAAAACAAGAAAGAAGAGGAAGGGGAAGAGGAGGAGGGGAGGAGGAGGGUGAGAAAGGGGGGAGGAGAACAAGAACUAGAACUAGAACUAGAACAAGAAGAAACAGAACACACUGUUCAGAGGCCUGCUUAUUAAUGACCACUGUCUUCCAACUUGGCCCCACAUCCUAAGACUUACAUCAUCUCCUACUAGGAACAUCAAAUGAGUCAUAAGCCAUUAAGCAUGUCACUUUGGGUGGCAGUUUAGAAACAAAUUGUAACACUAACCAAUCAAUGCUUUAUUCCAUUUGGUCUGUAUCUAAAAUGUUACAAUCAUAGCAGGAUUUCAUCUAGGAUUUCUUCUAUUUUACUUUUGAAGAGACUGGAGAUUUAUGCUUUACAUUUAAGUCUAUGUAUAUGCCAUUUAAACUUUUUUCUUUUUUAAAAAAUGAUUUAUUUAUUCUUUUUAUGUGCAUUGGUGUUUUGCCAUUUUUCCUGCAUUGAUGUCUGUGUGAGGGUGUCAGAUCCCCAGGACUGGAGUUACAGACAGUUGUGAGCUGCCAGUUUGUUUAGAUGGUGGAUAACAUUGACUGAUUUUCAUACGUUGAACCAUCCCUUCAUCUCUGGUAUGUACAUACUUGACAUGUAUGAUCUUUGAUGUAGUCUUGAAUUAUGCUUGUUAGUAUUCUAUUGAGUAUUUUUGCAUCUAUGUUCAUAAGGUAAAUUGUUCUAUAAUUUUCUUUCUCUGUUGAAAUCAUGCAGUGUGUGGUUUGGGUAUCAGGAUCACUGUGGCCUCAUAAAAUGAAUUUAGUCAUGUUUCUUCUUUUUCUAUUUUAUGAAAUAAUUUGAGUAGUGUUUGUAUUACCUCUUAUUUGAAGGUCUAGUAGAAAUUCUGCACUAAAACCAUCUGGCCCUGGGCAUUUUUUGUUUUAAGAGAAUUUUAAUGACUGCAUCUAUUUCCUUAGGGAUUAUAGAUCUAUUUAAAUCAUUAAUCACAUCUCUAUUUAACUUUUUUAAGGGGUAUCGAUAGAGAUAUUUAUCCAUUUCUUUUAGAUUUUCUGAUUUUGUGGAGCAUAGGUUUUUAAAGUACAACAUAAAGAUUAUUUGGAUUUCAUAGGUAACUGCUGUUAUGUCCCCCUUUUCAUUUCUGAUUUUGUUCAUUUGCAUAUUCUCUCUUCUUUUUUAGUUAAUUUGGAUAAGCAUUUGUCUUUCUUGUUGAUUUUCUCAAAGAAGCAGCUUUGUUUUAUUGAUUGGGGGGUUAUUGUUCUCUUUGUUUCUAUUUUAUAGAUUUUAGCUCUCAAUUUGAUUAAAUAAAUGUAAAUUAGACAAUUAGAUGAAGGCAUGAAAAACUCUGAAGACUAGCCUCCAAAAAACACUUACACAUUAGAUCAUGUGGAUAAGAAUUCUUACAGUAGGAACACAGACUAAAUACGUAUCUGUUCUUCACAGAGCCAUGGAAACAACAAAGUGCAUCCCUGAUGAGUCUCAGUCCAAAAGCAUAAAGAGGCAAGAUCUCCAGGAGAUGCUGACAGAAGUGGGAUUGUCUGUUGACUACUGGCUGCCUAAGCUUCAGGAAGACCUGGGUGUGACCUGUGUCCAGGCUUUACAAUACUUAGAAGAAAAAGAUCUCCAGAAGCUGAAGUCCCAGUCACAACACACAUGGGAAAAAAAGGCUCUGGAGAAGCUGCUUGACCUCUCACAGCCAAAAAGUGUUGCAGAGUUCCAGGAGACUCCAGGGGAAAUGAUAAAGAGCAGACAGAGGCAGGCAGGACAGGCACUGCAGGAACUGAGGACCCUGCAGUCAGAAGGGAAGAACAGACAGGAAGAAGCAGUGAGGAGGAAAGAAGCAGAGCUGAGACAAGCAAUGGAGAUCCCUGAAGAGUACUGGCCAAGGCCUGAAGUGCCCCUAAAAGAUGUCACUGAAACAAUGGAGAGGCAUCUCAACCACAUGGAACAGACACUGGCAAAUACUCAAAACUUCUCAGAUAGAGACCUGCUAAGAUUCACAUCUGGUGGGCUGGCCCUGCAGGGAAUUUACAAGACCUGCCACCAAAAGGACCUAGUAGUAAGGAGAGAAGAACUACUAAAGGUCCCCAAGGAAUUCUUCCUCUCUGGAUCUGAGCAAGGAAAACGGAUGGAAACAAAAGAAUUCACAUCUUCUAAAGAAGAAUCCCUAUUCACUGAAACUGUACAGAAGUUCGGUUUCAGGUUAACACUGUCAGCCAAGGGUGGAGGCUGGGGAUUUCAUUUAGAAGGUGGGAUGGAUAAAGUCAAGCAUUCAAAAUCUGAAGAUGCUCACCAAUCACAUUCUAAGCACUCUUAUUUCUGCUCAUCAAUGUUCAGCUACAACCCACUAGCCUCCAUCCACUUUCGCAAUGAUCAGCUCCAGCUCUCCAUUGCUGCCCUUAAGGAACUGAAAAUCAUUGAAGAAGAGCUGGAACACACUGAUGGACCAGACAGAUUCCUUGCAGUGAGGAACAGGACUGAAAACUUCUUCAACAGAUUUGGCUCUCAUGCUAAUCAAGGCCCUCUGCACCUUGGGGGACUAUACCGCUGGAAGGCUGUUUCAGAGGGUUUUGAGAGUGACCAGCUAGAUUGUGUGAAGCAGCAGACAGCAGAGGCCUUGGAGAGUUACAUAAGUGGGAGCUACAGUGGGUUUGGGAUUAAAGUUGGUGGAGGUAUGACAAUAUCAGACUCACAUUCAGUAAGAUCCUACAAAAAUUCAAGGAAUCAACAGCUCCAAAUCAAAGUCCAAUUAUCUGUGGCCCAGAUAGGAGGACCACCAGAAGCAAAUGGAAUUGUUCAGUGGACAACUGGCCUUCUUGCCAGCAAUAAAACCUGGUCUGUCAUUGACCGAGAAUUUCAGCUGGUGCCCAUUUGGGACAUCAUCCUGUCUAACCACAGAAGCAAUUUUAAGGACCCCUUUCUGGUGGCUAAUUGCCUGGCAGACAACUACUCUGCUCUGACAAGUGUUACUGCCCUUAUCCAGGCUGGAGAGGAGUUGCUGAGCUCCAUAAAUGAAGCAGAACAUUUCCUGGAUGAUGUGAAAUCUUGGAAGGUCUCUGACCCUGAAGAACAGCUUAAGAACCUGAUGGGUUUCAUGCAAGCACUGGCUCAUAAAACAAAAGGUUAUGAUGUUUGGAUUAAUACAUGCCUCACAAAUUGGCAUCUACAGAAUUUUCUCAUAAGAACUGUCAACUUUUGCAAAAACUCUUCCACUAAAAAAACUCAGUUUAUUAAAUCUCAGUUCCGCAGCCUUCUAGAACCUCAUGUUUACAAAGUGAAAAACUUUCCUCAGGCAAGUUCAAUCAUGCAGUGGAUCUACCAGGAAGAUUCAGAAGAACAGCAAGUCAAAAUCACUGAAUUGUCUGAAUUCUUUAAAAAUUUAAAAGAAAUCCAAAAAACUCUCACAGAAGCACACAUCAAAUCUGAGUCACCAGAAACAGUGGAAGAGGCUCAAAGAAAGGCUACACAUGAUGUCACCACAGUUCUUGAUGCCUUCUUGAACUAUCUCAAAGAAACAGAGCAGCCAGACAUGCAGCUGCUGCUACUCUCCAUUGCAGCUGGUGCAGGCUAUCAGCUGGAAAGUAAUGUUUUCCAGCCUCUCCUUGGGUGUGCUGAGUUAAACUUCCUCCUGGAUGAAAUACAAGUUGUUCAACACAGAUAUCAGGAGCUCAAAACUAUCUGCACUGACAGAGCACAGGCAUUCCUGGUGCUCAAAACUCUGACAACCACAGUUGGAGUCUCAGGCAUUUCUCCAAAAGAAAAAGCACAGCGCUUGACAUUAACAAGACAGUACAUAGAGCACUUAUUGUCUACUAAAGUUGCACAUGUCCUCACAAAAUUUGAAACAGGUCAUGAUUGGGAGAAUCUAGAGAAAAGUUUGAGAUUACUCAUUGAUGGGAACUAUGAAGACACCAGCUCUUCUCUGCAGAUGGAUGAGGUGAAAAAACAGUUGCAAAGUCUCCUGAGUAAAAAGAAAGAAACUUAUGAACAAAAAAAUGAUGACAACAAUGAAAAAGAGGGGAUAGAAAAAGGACCUUUCCUAGACUUACUCCAGCGUCUAGGUCUAGAACAUCACUACCCAAAAAGGAUGAGCAGAGCUGACUUUCAUCAGAUCUAUAAGACUUCUGUAUACAAUACACAGCCAAGAUCUGAACAGGAACUUCCCUUUUAUUUCCUACAAAAGCUACUGAUGCUAGAUUGUGGGUUCAGACAUCUGGUCUUCAAAGAGGCUAAAAAGGCAGAAAGCCAAGAUUCUGCAGGUCCCUCUAACCAGGAAAUUGUUGAUCCAUAUGAAGAGUUGUUUGAUGACAGGGAUGAAGACACUAGUUCUUUGGUCACUGAGUCCCAGCCCCACAUUCACCCAAUGGACAUCCAGAUGGCCAUUUUUCACUGUGCAGAUGAUCUUGCCAGGCAGUAUAUUCUGUCCAAACUUUCCAUUUGUCAAUUUGCAAUCCCCCUUGUGGUGCCAAGUCCCAACACUUCUCAAAUUGAGUUCUCUCUCUGGUCUCUCAGACAAAUUAGGAGAAGUUGGCAAGAGGCAAGUCAAUCACAACAGGACAAAAGCUACAGUCACAAGAAACAGCAGAUGUGCCGUGUCUCUACCCCCAUUGUAUCUUUCUUUAGAGUUGGAAAUGGCCUCUCUGCUUCCAAAUCUCAGCUUAUGAACUCUCUCCUCAGUAGACAUAAACAUGAUGUGUUUUUUCACAGACACUGCAGAGGAACCAGCAAACACUGUCUCCUGAUGGAGGGAGUGGUAGAGAUCAGCUGGUUCUGUCCUGGGGGCCAAGGCGAGGACAUAUUUGACAAGUGUGUGGCCUUCACCAAUCUUCAUGGAGAUGCCAAGGAACACAGGAAACAACUCAGCUUCCUGCAGGAUGCCUCUUCUCUCAUGGUGAUUCUCAUGUCAGCUUCUGAUAACAAUAAAGAAAACCAAAAUCUUGUCAGACACCUGUGGCAGUCAUCAAAACCUCUGAUCUGUUUGAUUGAUGACAAAGAAAAAUUCACAACUAAUAAUUCUGGCAGAAGGGUGAGAAUUGGCAUUAGGAAUAGAAAUGAGGCAGAAUUAACAGAAGAACUCAUGACUACCAUCCAACACUUAAUAGAAAUCUCUGGCACUGCUCUGAGCAUAGAAGAAUGUUCAGAGAUUGCUCGAAAGCAAGGAUUCAUGAUUGAUGAAGACCAGAAAGAAUUGAAGGAAGCCAAAGAAAAAGCACAGAGAAAUAGGGAACUGCUAGAGCAAUACAAGUUAUCUAAGAUAAAAGAAAACUUGCUGCCCCUUCAGGGACAACUGUGGCACCGUUGGUGUAAGAAGGACAAAGAACUCUAUCACCUACAAGAAAAAGGGCAUCGGAGCAUUGAACAACACAAGAGUGAAAUUGAAAUAGAAAAGCAAAAAAUACGAAGGCAGCAGUUUGAAAAGGCCUUCCCUCUCAAUGAUUUAAUGCAGUCUGUCCUAAAAAUUCUCCAAGAAGACUCAGAAAAUGACUUCAAACUCUACUUCUUAUACUGGUUAAGUGUGGUUUUGGAAAAUCUAACCAUGGAACACUUGGAGACUUUACAAGUAAAGCAACAAAUUUUGUGGUUACAGGCAGAAAAGCAAAGGGCACAGAAGAGCAGCUCCAUGACACACUGCCAGAAACAGAUAGAAGCCAUCUCUACUGAGAUACUUGACUGCACUUUUGGAAUUGAGCACCUUCUCCGUGAAGUUGCCCAGAUCUAUGAAGCUCUGGAAGAAAUUUCCUCCUCUAGAAAUAGCCUUUUUCUCUGCCUCCCCCAAAUUGCUGCAGACCUGAUGAUAGCUGGUGUUCCCAUUGAGCUGAUGGAUGGGGAUGCUUCAUAUGUGCCUCUAAAGUGGGUGGCAGCUGUUUUUGACAAGAUCUCAGAGAAAAUUGGAGACAAAAGGCUGUUUGUUCUCUCUGUCCUUGGCCUGCAAAGCUCAGGGAAAUCCACUCUACUGAAUGCACUCUUUGGUUUAGAGUUCACAGUCAGUGCAGGCAGGUGUACCAAGGGGGCCUACAUGCAGCUCCUGGAGGUAGAUGAGAAAUUCACAGAAGAACUCAGCUUUGAUUUUGUGCUUAUUGUAGACACAGAAGGACUUCGGGCUCCAGAACUCAACAACAAAUCCCACAAUUGGGACAAUGAGUUGGCAACAUUUGUCACUGGCCUUGCAAACUUGACUCUGAUCAAUAUUUUUGGAGAGAAUCCAUCAGAGAUGCAGGACAUCUUACAAAUUGUCGUCCAAGCCUUUCUGAGAAUGAAACAAGUGAAAAUCUCCCCCAGUUGCAUCUUUGUCCAUCAGAAUGUGGGAGAAAUUUCAGCAAAAUCCCAAACUAUGGAAGGACGAAGGAGACUGGAGCAGAGACUGGAUGAAAUGACAGCAUUAGCUGCUGAACAGGAAGAGUGCUCCAACAUAACUCGCUUCAGUGAUGUAAUUAAAUUUGAUGUCAAUAAUCAUGUCUACUAUUUUGCUCAUCUCUGGGAUGGCAAUCCCCCAAUGGCCCCUCCCAAUCCACGAUAUAGCCACAAUGUCCAGGAACUGAAGACUGGGAUUCUUAGGCUUGCCCAGCAGGAAUCCAGGGGAAAGAUCAUGAAGAUCUCAGAUGUAAAAAUCCGUGUUCAAGAUUUGUGGAAAGCCCUUGUCAGUGAGAACUUCAUUUUCAGUUUCAGGAACACACAAGAGGUCAUAGCCAUGAGUAAACUGGAAACCAUGUAUAAUCACUGGACCUGGGAGCUGAGGAGUUAUGUGUUGGACCUUCAGAAUCAGUUGAACAAUCAGAUUCAGAAUGGGAAAAUCUUGACACUCACAACUAAUGCACUGGAGGGUCCAGUUAACAAGAAAUAUGAAGCCAUCAAGCAAGAAUUUGACAAGUAUUUUGAAGAAGACCCAGAUAGUGAAACAUUGGUUCAAUGGAAAGCAAAUUUUGAACAUAAGCUACUAAUCCUUAAAGAUGCUCUUAUUUCAGACACCAGAACAAAAGGCAAUGAACUUAUCAGUCUUAAAAAAAGCCAAGAAACACUAGAUAACAAAAAGUCACAAUAUGAAAAUGAAUUGUUAGAGAAAAGCCGAACGUUGGCUUUAAGUGUGAAGGGCAAAGAAUUAAGUGAUGAAGAGUUGCGUGAGAAAUUUAAUCAAGUUUGGACAAGUUGGAUCUACGAUGUGUCUUCUACUGUACCUCAUGUCACAGAGCCUGACACUGAUGGGGAUGCUGAAAGCAUUUUUCUAUGGCAUUUCAAAAAGGAAAAAAAUAUUGCAGAAAGACUUAAAAAACAGAAUGGAGCAAUGUUUGUCAUCAAUUAUGAUAAGCAUGUCCAAAUGAAAAAAAAUUUUCUUCGAUUUUCAAAGAGUUUAGAAUCCUGUCAUAAAGAAUCCAUUAAUAAAAUUACUAAUAACAUUGAUUUAAGAUUUAAUGAAACAAUUAAAAACAUUUGGAAGCAAAAGCGUGAUUACAGUCAGAAUGAUUUUCAUAAAAUUCUGAGGAUAAUAGAAAAUGAACUGAAAUCUGUACCUCCUGAGGAAGAUUACACAUUUACCAGAGACUGCACCAUUGACUUAUCCUUGUGCUUAUUCCAAAGAGCAGCUAAGAGUUUCAAGGAAAUGCACAAAGCAUUCAAGAGAGCAAAUGAUCCUGUAAACUAUCUGGAGAGCAAGAAAGAUGAUUUCUUCAUGAGUUUUAAGAUCUCUUGCCAAGGCGCCACCUCUAUCACAUCAUUUGUUGACUUCCUGUGGCUAAAGCUCACUCCUGCUAUUUCUGCCACUAUAUGGGGCAAAAUGUGUCCUAAAGUAGCUGGGGAUAUGAGAGCCACCUGCCCUGCAUUUAAUGGAAACAGGGCUAACCUGGAGAAACAUGUUCUCAUUUCUCUGGCAGAAGAAGAAAACUUUGAUAAGUAUUGGCAAUACAUUCAUCAGCCAGAAUCCUUUUUCAGGAAUUACAUUAGUGACCACAUUAGAAGAUACUGUUCAGAAAAAGAAGGUGAAAAAGUAAAAACUUUUUUAAAAAUAAGUUUAGGUGACAUCAAGCAUGCCAUCCUCACUGCCAUUCAUAAGACCACAGAAGUAGCUAAGGAUAAAGGCAGCACUGCAUCUGGUUGGUUGGAUUUGUUCUGUGAUCACUUAGGAAGCAACCUGACCUUUCCAAGGAGAGACCUGAUAAGUAUCGAGCACCUGGAGAUAAAGGAUACUGAGUUUCUGAAAGAAGCCAUGAGUGCAGCUUUGGAUCCUGCAAUGAAGAAGGUAGAAGAGGACUGCACAAGUAAGCCCAUAAAUGAAAUGGUUCCUGACGUUGAGAAACUUCUCUCUGAACAUCUCAGUGGAUGUUGGAAACAGUGUCCUUUUUGUAAAGCAAUUUGUACCAAUACCAUUUCCCAACAUGAUGGAGACCACAGUGUGCCAUUCCACCGUCCUCAGGCUGUCAAUGGAUGGAAAUGGUACCGAACAAAUGACUUUUGCAUUGACCUUUGUACUAAUUUAGUAGCAAGUAAUUGUUUCCUUGUUUUAAAUGAUGGCAAGAAAUUCCCAUACAAGAAAUAUCGAGAAGCAGGAAGUGAGUAUGCCACUUGGAGCAUCACCCCAGAUUCAUCUACUCAGCCAUAUUGGAAAUGGUUUGUCUGUCACUUCAGAUUAAAGCUUGAAGAGAAAUAUGGAAAAAAAUUUAAAAAUAAAGGAGCUAUUCCAGAUUCAUGGACCAAAAUCAGAAAGCAAGAAGUACUUGAUGACUUGAAAAAAUAACUAUUGCCACAAAUAGAAUACUAACACUGCCUCAUAAAUUUCACAUUAACCUAGGAAGCCUAAUAUCAAUUUAGGCAGCACCUUCAAGAUUCUACCUUAUAAAUGAAAUAAGUAAAAACAAAUUAAUUAGUAUUUCAAUAUUGGAAGAUUUGCUUCUAAAAAGACUUUUUCUCUCUUGAUUUCUUGUGCUUAAACAUAAUGUCCUAAUUAUGUGAAUUCAUAAUAAAAUCAAAAUUCAUUCAAAAGCCUA